AAAAUGACUAGAAUAUUUUGAUUUUUGUUAGUUUAUAAAUGCAAGUCCCUUCACAUGUUUUCAUAUAUCAUGGUAUGUCAAAUCAAAGCGAAAAACAUCGACAGAUGGCAAAAAGUUAUGUUAUGAUUUAUAUUUUUAUAUCCGAAUUGCAUCGAUUCUAUAUAUUUAGUUUUGUUGAAUAGACGGUAGAAAGAUAUAAGUGUAGAUCAAAUAUAAAAACAUUCAGGAAAUGAUAUAAUAUCAAAUAACUAAUAAUAACAAGAAUAUAAUUUCAUUCUAAUGAGUUAGUAUAUUAGUUCUCAGAGAAAGCGUGAAAGAAAGAGAUAGACUAAAUGAAACAUGGCGUUUAUUUUUACCAUUAUAUUAAAUUUUUUUUCUGUUUAUAUAUUCCUUUGAAUUGUUUGAAUUAUUUAUUCAAAUUUUAUAAUUAGUUUUUUUUAUUAUAAUUUUUUAUUCUUUUGAAGUGUUUAAAAAGUUAAUCAUUGUAAGUGUUUAAACCUCUAAAGGUUUUGGAGUAUAACUCAAAAAAUUAUGAAGAAAUAUUAUAUGGUGAAAAUUGGAUUUUUUAAUAUCUAUGAAGUUUAAUGAUAUAAAAAUGACUUCACGAAGUUAUACGAAAUCGUAUAAUCGAAAAGUGGCUAGUGUUACGCCUAGUAGUAUUCAAUUUGAUAAGUUAUUUAGAGAAAAUAGCAACCGUCCAUCUGCUGCUAAAUCCGCAGGUACUGUUGGAAAAUGGGGUAUUACUUCAUUUACAUCCAUUCGGAGCACUAAUAUUAAUGGUCGGAAAGAAGACAUACAUAAAAUAUUUGGUUCAAAAAGAAUAAAACUUGAUUAUGGUAAUCAAAAUGCCCAAGUAAAUUCAGAAAAAGAUCCAUUCACUUUUGAUAAUGAAUUUGAAACUCGAACGACUACGUCACCUUCAAUUAAACCCAAAAAAUUCUUCAAAAGUAGAAAUGUUUUGCCUGCAACAGACGAAGCCAAACAUGAACCAGUAGUGGUCGAUAGACAAUUAUCAGAUUCACAGUUUGUUCCUGGACGCUCACGAGCUCCAAAACAGAAUCCACGGGUUAUUUCGAAACCGUCUUAUCAAAAAAUUUCAACGCAGGCACCGAUUAAAAAAGGUAAUGAAUGCGUUGAUAAUAAUACUAGUGAUGUGUCAUCACGUGAUGAUGGAAAGCCACCGAUAGUUUUGAGAAUUUGUAAGGGAACAGCUAUGCUAGUUGGUGGAGACCAAGAAGUGCAAGAAAGUGAGUCAGAUGUAUAUAAAAUCACUCAAACAGUUAGCCCAACUAAAGUAGAAAUAGAACACAAAGAUGUUUGUUCAGAAAUGCCAUCUAAAACAGAAACUAAGUCUAGAGUAAAUUCACAUUCACCAGUAGUGACUACUGUAUCAAUGCCUUUAAAUGACGAAGAAAUACCAACGCGUAGAACAACUCGUAGUCGAGCUAAAAAUCUUCAAAUAGAUCUAAAUCCACCUCCAGCACCAACUCCUACCGUGCCGACUCCAAAUCCUUCUGGACUUUCAUUGACCUUACGCAAAUCAAUAACUGACUCUAACAAUACUCUUAUAUCACAUUAUGAUAUUGUCAAGACUGAUUGUUCUACCUAUCAAAGUAAAGCCACAGUAGAGCCACUGAUUGGUCGCAGCAACCAACCACUGCCAACUACCACUCAAGAACUUAUUGAUAUUCUUUCAAACGAUACUGAUUCUAAAGCUCGGCAAGAAUCAAAUGUAGAAAAGUCUCCAGCUAUGGAGUGCGAACCGCAGGAUUGUCCUAUGGAAUUACCUGUAGAUGAUCUAAAACCAGAACCAGUGAAUCAAUGUCCUGAAUAUGAAUCAUCAUCUGAAGUUUUGAUGACAAAUGAAUCAAAUGCUUUAAAAACUGUGAAAUCAGAAGAAAAUAUUGAUGCCGAAAGACCUGUAGUAAAAACAUUAGUUGACCAAGACUGGUUUUCAGGCAGUGAAGACAGCGAAGCUGCUAGUGGUAAUGCAGAAACCGAAUUACAAACAAAUAUUUCAAGUCCAACAUCAAUAGAACAAUCAACUUCUAUUCCUCCAGUGAAGCCAAUUGCAAAAAAAGGUAGUAUUUUCAAGAGUCGCUCAACAGGAACAACGAAUGGUAAUAAACGUCGUGCUGUAUAUAAACAUAAAUGGUGUGAUAAUGAUAAAGAAUCGAAUACACUGGAGAGUAUGCCUUCUAAUAGUUCAAUUAGUAAUAUGGCUUCUGGAUCACAUGAUAAUACUAGUCCUGUUACUUGUAAUGAAUUGGAAAAUUUAAAAUUAACAAGAGUUUUAUCAUAUCCUGAACAUGAUGCUGAUUUUAGUAAUGAUGCUGACACAGUUACAACAAGUGUACGCUGUGGUAAAAAUGUCAAAGGAUUUUAUACUGUUGUUAAAAAUGUUAAAAAAGCACAUCAGAUUCAAGAAAGUGGAGAAUUCCAAGAAUUUAAUGAUGAUGUGGAAUAUAUUCUUGAUACUUUGCGUGAAAAUAAUCCAAAUGCAACUCGUUGUUUAUCAGCGAUAAGAUUAGCAAGUAAAUGCAUGGCACCAGCAUUCCGAAUGCAUGUUCGUGCUCAUGGAACUGUAGCAAAAUUCUUUAAAGCCCUUCAUGAUGCCACUAAAGAUCAAAGUCUUGGUCUAUGUACAGCCACAGUAAUGUUCGUUUUAAGCCAAGAUCGAUUAGCUAUGGAUUUAGAUCGUGAUUGUUUAGAAUUGAUGCUGAGUUUAUUGGAGUCAGAUGCAAGCCAUAAAGAUGCUCUUGACGAUUGUGGAUUGAGUCGAGCUGAAUUAUUGAAAAACAAAGAAAAAGUACGUCAAUUGUGUGCUGAUAUCCAAGCUCAAGGUCACGCUAAACAUCUUAAUUUGGAUAAUAUUACUGUUGGUCAACUGGCAAUGGAGACUUUGUUAAGUUUGACCUCAAAACGUGCAGGUGAAUGGUUUAAAGAAGAACUUCGAGAACUUGGUGGACUUGAACAUAUUGUUAAAACUAUAACAGAUUGUUAUCGUUAUAUUGAAGCAAAUGACAGUACAAGGACUGAGUGGUCUGAACCACUUCUUGACAAAUUGAGAAAAGUUGAUAGAUGUCUUCGAGUUUUAGAAAAUGUAACUCAUAUGAAUGAAGAAAAUCAAAUAUAUUUGCUUAAUUACCAAGAUGGUAUAUUAGUCAAUACUAUGGCUAAAUUGUAUGACUUAUGUGGUAGGGAAAUCCCUAAUCAUCCAACAAUGGACAUUAGUGAUAAAACUUCAACUGGAGCAGUUAUUCGAGAAUGUAUUUUUGCUGUUCUUAAAGUUCUUAUCAAUCUUACUCAUCGUUUCAACCGUCAAUCAUUUGGCAGUAAAACUGUCGGGUCACAGAAUAAUCUCAUUAAUUGCAGCUUGAAUCUCAUAUUACAUGUGCCCGCAUCGUUACCAGAGGAAAAACGAUUUGAUAUGAUAAUGUUAACACUCAUUCUUUUGAUAAAUCUAGUGGAACAGUGUGAUGAUAAUAAGAAACUACUUAUUGAAUCAUCAGCUUCAUCUUGCCAAGAUAACUUUUUCAAUCCUCAAGAAGGAGGAGUUGAAGCACUUAUUGAUUUGUUUUACAAACAAGAAGAAAUGGCCAGAGGUGAAGAACAGAAAACUGAUGCCAUUUUAGAUGGAAAGAAAGAUACUGAACAACCAGAAACUGUUGCAAGCAGUGCAAAAACUCAAGAAGAGUUUAUUGAAGAAACCGUAGCCAAACUUUUACAAAAGGCCGGCCGUCAUAUGGAACACACUCUUAUCGGCGCAUACGUUGUACUUCUUCUAGGCUACUUGAUUAUGGAUAACAAAGAAUAUGAACUACGUGUUCGUAAUAAACUCGCUGGUAACAACUUUGCCACGAUGGUAGCUGUUUUACAGAAAUUUUAUAAUUUCAUGAAUUUAACAGCAUCAAAUGAAGCAAGUAGUUGCGGAAUUGCUGCAACUGACAAAGUAAUUAAAUUUUUAAAACUAUCAGACGCUAAAAUUGAAGAAGAAAAACACGCAUUACCAUUACCAGCAUUAGAUGAUUCUUCGAUCAUGUUAGACUUAUCAUCCUGAUCACAAUAUUAUGAAAACAUUUAAACUUUGUUUUGAAUUAAUCAACUAGACGGUUUAAUAACCAUAAGAAUUUCUUUUUAAUUAUUCCACUGUAUACAUUAUUUAUUGUAAAAUUUUCCUUAAUGUUCGUAAUGACUUGAUUUAUUUUUUAA